AGCUUUUGAUUUCAAUCUGUUUCCAGGUUCUAAAUUCAGUACACUAACAAUGGUAGAACGCAAGAAACGGAAACAGAAUCAGAGAAACAACAAUGAGAGCAACAGGAAUCAGAAAAGACGAAUUUCAAAUAAUGGUGAAAAGAUUAAUAGAGAUGAGCUUGUGAUUUACAGAAUCUUAUGUCCUAUUGAUGUUGUUGGAGGUGUUAUAGGUAAGAGUGGUAAAGUCAUCAAUGCCAUUAGGCAAAACACGAAAGCGAAGAUCAAAGUUUUUGAUCAGUUACAUGGUUGCAGCCAAAGAGUCAUAACAAUCUAUUGCUCUGUUAAAGAGAAACAUGAAGAAGAAAUCGAUUUUAUGAAGAGCGAAACCGAGCCUCUUUGUUGUGCUCAAGAUGCUCUUCUUAGAGUUUAUGAUGCAAUUGUAGCUAGUGAUGAAGAGAACAUUAAGAUAGAUAGAGAUGAUAAGAAGGAAUGCCGUCUUUUAGUUCCGGCUAGUCAAUCUUCUAGUUUGAUUGGUAAGGCUGGUGAGACCAUUAAGAGGAUAAGAAGUAGAACUCGAGCUAGUGUUAAGGUUGUUUCGAAAGAUGUUUCGGAUUCUUCACAUGUUUGUGCUAUGGAUUAUGACAAUAUAGUUGUGAUAUCUGGUGAGGCUGAAUCCGUGAAGAAAGCGCUUUUCGCUGUUUCUGCAAUUCUGUACAAGAUCAAUCCUCGAGAACAUAUUCCUCUAGAUUCAACUGGUCAAGAUGUUUCAGCUAGUAUUAUUGUUCCAUCAGAACUUUCUAAUUCUGUCUAUCCUCAAACUGGUUUUUACUCAAAUCAGGAUCAUAUUCUUCAGCAACGGGCGGGUGUUCCGUCAUAUUUCAGUGCGCUACCUGUAUCUGAUUUUCAAGGUUAUGCAGAAACCGCUGCGAAUCCAAUGCCUGUUUUUGCUUCUUCUCUCCCAGUGACUCAUGGUUUUGGUGGGUCUUCCAGAUCAGAAGAGCUGGUUUUAAAAGUGUUGUGCCCUUUGUCCAAUAUUACCCGUGUAAUUGGGAAAGGAGGAUCAACUAUUAAAAGAAUAAGAGAAGCAAGCGGUUCUUGUAUUGAGGUUAAUGACUCAAGAACAAAGUGUGGUGAUGAUGAGUGUGUUAUCAUUGUCACUGCUACAGAGUCUCCUGAUGAUAUGAAGUCAAUGGCUGUUGAAGCUGUUCUUCUUCUGCAAGAGUAUAUCAACGAUGAGAAUGCGGAAAAAGUUAAGAUGCAACUUCUUGUUUCUUCUAAGGUUAUUGGAUGCGUUAUAGGGAAAAGUGGCUCAGUCAUAAACGAAAUCAGGAAAAGAACCAAUGCUACUAUCUGUAUCUCGAAAGGGAAAAAGGAUGAUCUUGUUGAGGUGGCGGGUGAAGUCAGCAGUGUGAGAGACGCUCUCAUUCAGAUCGUUCUAAGACUUCGAGAGGAUGUUUUAGGAGAUAGAGAUAGUGUUGCUACUAGGAAACCUCCUGCAAGAACUGAUAAUUAUAGUUUCAUCUCGGGUAGUAGUAAUGCCGGUUAUACACUUCCGUCCUUCAUGUCUUCAGUGGCUUCUACAACCGGAGUCAAUGGUUAUGGAAGUUUUCCGGCAGGAGAUAACGUUUUUGGAUCAAUCGGUCCAUACUCAUUUGGACGAUUGCCUUCAUCUUCUGCUCUGGAAAUUCUAAUCCCGGCGAAUGCGAUGAGUAAAGUUAUGGGCAAAGGAGGAGGCAAUUUGGAUAACAUAAGAAGGAUAUCGGGAGCAAUGAUAGAAAUUUCCGACUCCAAAACGUCACAUGGUGAUCACAUUGCUCUCCUAUCCGGCACACUUGAACAGAUGCGUUGUGGAGAGAACUUGGUCCAAGCUUUUAUUAUGUCCACUUGAAAAUUAGUUUGGGAUCAUUGGACUGAGAUUAAAUCUUUUCCUUCUCUCUGUCUAUAGCUUUUUGUCGAGUUUCAUCACUUAGGCUUAUUGUUCGGUUUAGCAAGCUGUUAGCUAGAUGCCUAGAUUAAAUGUAUAUCUCUAACAAAUGGUGCCAUUGUUA